CUCAACCACCAGAGGUGAGCGGACUUGGUAAAACAAGUGUGCUGCUUUGAGAAACAAGCACACAGGUCUGAAUAUGACAACAGCAGCCUAUCUCCCUGAAAUCCAAGAUAAGGCUGUGGCCAAAACGCAAAGGACUGCUGCUGGUGAACCAAAGAUGCUCUGAAGCGGAUGAGCAGAGUGUGUGGUUUUGGAGGGUGAGAGAAGGAGGGGUAAAGUGAGAUGAAAUUAAGGGGUGGCAGAGAUUUUUCGUGGCAUCCCACAAUGAAACAAAUGAGCCCGUCCUUUUCUAACCUUGCAAUUCUUCCUUGGGUAAGGAGGAGCUCCAAUGGAUCACAGUCAUGGAGGUCCAGUUCUCUUCCUCAACAAGGAAGGGUCUGGCUCAGAGGAGCCCCAAAGGCCAGCAGCUAAUCUUUGAUUCAGUUGUUCUGAGGCCCAGAAAAAGGGCCAAAAUGUUUGCGUAGACUGACCCAGGGAAGGUUAACAGCAGACAUGUGAUUCUUGACAUGGUUGUUGGAGGCCUCCUUCCUCUGUUCAUUUACCUUGGGCAAGGCUUUAUAAUUGGGUUGCUUAAUCAAGCAAAGCAUCCUCUCUGUUUAUAGGGCUUCGUAUCCCAAGACAACUUCCGCCCUCUCUGUCUGGCCCUCAGGACUCUCCCCAGACCACACCACUUCUCCUGAGGCCAUGUCCCUCAGCAGUCUUGCUUCACAGCCUCCUUGAGAGUUUUUUUUGCCUGACUGGAAUGUGCCCUUGAACUCUGAUCAUAUCUUUUUCUUGCCUAGAUGAAGGGUGGGAGGUCUGUGUGGAAACCAGCAUAUGAUACAAAGGAUGCCAUACUCUAAUCCAGGAUGAAUGAAUGUCACUAUGAUAAACGCAUGGACUUCUUCUAUAACAUGAGUAAUACAGCCACAGCAGAUGAGUGGACGGGGACAACUCUCGUCAUUGUGUUAUGUUUCGGGGCCUUCUUCUGCCUCUUCAUUUUCAUCUCCAAUUCACUGGUCAUAGCUGCUGUGGUCAAAAACAAGAAGUUCCACUUCCCUUUCUACUACCUGCUAGCCAAUCUAGCAGCUGCGGACUUCUUUGCAGGCAUCGCUUAUGUAUUCUUGAUGUUCAACACCGGCCCAGUCUCCAAAACGUUAACUGUUAACAGGUGGUUUUUGCGUCAGGGACUUCUGGACACGAGCCUGACGGCUUCUCUGGCCAACUUGCUAGUAAUUGCCGUUGAGCGCCACCUGUCUGUUGUUCGGAUGAGGGUGCACAGCAACCUCACAAAGAAGAGGGUCACCUUUUUCAUUUUGUUGAUCUGGGCCAUAGCUAUUUUCAUGGGCGCGGUGCCCACCUUGGGCUGGAACUGCCUGUGUGACAUCUCAACCUGCUCUUCGCUGGCUCCUAUUUAUAGCAGGAGUUACUUGAUAUUUUGGACCGUCUCCAACCUGGGGGUUUUCUUCAUCAUGGUGGUGGUGUACAUAAGAAUCUACAUGUACGUCCAGAGGAAAACGAAUGUUUUAUCUCCGCACACGAGUGGAUCCAUCAGCCGCAGGAGGACUCCAAUGAAACUUAUGAAGACAGUCAUGGCAGUCUUAGGUGCCUUUGUUGUGUGUUGGACUCCUGGCCUCGUCGUCCUUCUUCUCGACGGCUUGAACUGCACUCGUUGUGAGGUACAGAAUGUGAAGCGGUGGUUCCUCCUCCUAGCCCUUCUGAACUCUGUCAUGAACCCCAUCAUUUACUCGUACAAAGACGACGAGAUGUCAAGCACGAUGAGGCGCAUGAUCUGCUGCUCUUUUGAGGAGAGGCCGGAGCGCCGGUCUUCGCGGAUCCCCUCCACGGUGCUCAACAGGAGUAUGGACACCUCUAGUCAAUACUUAGAAAAUGGCAUCACCCAAGGGACGAUCAGUGGCAAAGGAAACACCUGAGCCACACUCUCUCAUUCUUCCUCCUGAAGAAGUGGACUGUGGCUUGCGCGGCGGAUGCAAGCAGACUGAGCACUGAACCAGCUGAGUUCGUAAUCCCGAAACAGCAGAAGUGUAUACUCUGUGUGCCAGGAAACCCAAACCCCAGUGUGGCCUGACAUCAUUGUAAAUAAUUAUUGGAUGAGAGGGGGAAUAUGCUGGAAGGGAUGGAGAAGAAUAGAAGGAGCGGACUUAUUCUGCAGUGUGUGUUUUUAAAGUUGGAAAAACUGUACAACCGGCAUUGUGGAGUCCUCAUUCUUCAGAGGCCAAGUUACCACUGUGUGUGGCAUAUACCACUACAGACUGCUGAGAUGAGGCUGGUUCUCACAUCUAAAUGCUUAGCUAUCUAUAUCUAUUAUCUAUCUGUCUAUCAUCUCCACAUAGAGAACUAGGAUAUCAGGGAGAAGAGUUGUAAACUAGCUUUCUGAUUCAUGCUUUAAUUCUCUCCGUGGAAAUAUUUUUGUUUUAUUUUAUUUUAGUUGUUGUAUGGAGGGCUAUUCAAUACUGUGAGAUCCAGACCAAAGUUGCAGCCUGUCCCUACGCAUGUUUACAUUGGAGUAUGUGCUAUUUUGCUCAGUGGGGGGAUAUGCAUUGUUUCAGAUUGCAGCCCUAAAGCCCUCUUGAACUCAGUGGGACUUGCUCCCGAGUAACCAUAUAUCGGACUGGGCUCUUCAGUCUCCUGUGUGGUACGGUGUUUGUGCUCCUCCAGCAAACAUUUUUAUAAAUAUUUUUCAUGGCGCAACAGGGUUGCAAAACCAAAACAGCUCCUCUUCAUGUUUAUCUGGCGCCCCUGCCCCAUCCCAGUAAAUGUAAUGAUUUCUGAGCAUCCUGACUUUCCUUCCAAGCUGUGAUUAUGGGGUGGGGGAGUUCAGGAGAUUUCUGCAAUAAACUAAUUGCACGCAAAGGCAGCCAGUCUCCCAAUAACACAUUAUUCCGUGCGUAUGCAACAUUUGUGACUUGUUCGUAGGGACAGAACUGUUUGCUCUUAAAGGAACAAGCCAAAUAAUCACUGUCUGCUUCAGUUGAAGGUGGGACAAUGAGGAUUGAUGGCGGUAUUUUUAAGCCUCUGAUCUUACCUUUCAGCUGUCACAAGUUCAGGCCUGAGUUGCUAGCACAAAAGAUGUUGGAAGUUUGGUUAUUAAAUUUGAGUUUCUGAAAAGUCCCGGCUUAAAAAAAAAAAAAGGAUUUAGACUAUUGUGUGGUGAAAGUUAGACCUGUAUAACAGAGACAUAAGCAAGAAUAUAUGUGCACUUUGUGAUUUAUGGAUUGAAUCAUUUCAAGUUAGUGAGGGAAAAACUUCUUGCAAAGGCAUGGGAUCAUACUUUUUGUUAUUUCAAAGUAUUUUUUAUGUGCAUAGAUUAAUUUUCACAUUGUACUUUUUAAGUGGUUUUAUCUCCUGUGGACUGUGUGUGAGAUCAGUGGUAUACUUCAGGCGAUGGUACAGAAUUGUAAAUAAAUGCAAUGCUUUA